AUGAGGCCCAGAAAAAGAGAGAAAGAAAAACAGGGUGAGAAAUCAAAUUCCCAGCCCCACGCCGGGGGCACCCACCACUCACAUGGGUCCUCUCACAAUUCAGCACAAAAUGCCACUCAUCAGAAUGCACUAGAUACACAGUUUGAAACGGUCAAAGCUGACCACGAACUUUUUCUACAGGCUUUUGAAAAACCUACACAGAUUUACCGAUAUCUACGGGCCAGAAAUAUUGUAUCGCCAAUCUUUCUUCAUCGUAAUCUUCACUACAUGAAACACAGGCGCUCUACCCGCAGCAUAAAAAGGAAAGAUUUCCCUGUGAGUUCAAUUCUUGCCAAAGUCGAUGCUAAGUACAAAAAACUUGCUUUGAAUGAAAGGUACAAAUCGGAAUACAUGAAUAUUUCAUUCUCAGGCUUUUUUGAUAAACAGGCUUCCUCAGAUGUUGAAAAUGUUGAAGUUGAAGCCUUAUUAUUGAAAAUUUGUCACAAAAAGAGAAAGGAUGUAUCAUCCCCAAUUAUGCAAACCAAACUAGGCAAAGUCGAAGUGCCUCUAAAUCCACACACAUCUGACGCCUCCAUGAGACUGACUGCCAACUUGUCUGGGUCUUUAUCAAUAUCCCAUGAACACUUUCAUCACAACAAUGGUCAUGCCGUCAAAUCAUACGUUCUGCUGUUGCGAGUUCCUUGCCCAGUGAAGCGUUACCUAUCUAAUGGUCUAUGCAAUGGAGAUAUUUUGGAUGGGCCAGAAGAACCUCCACACAAACGAAGAAAAAAUGGAAAGAUGUCUCCGUUUGAAGAGGAUAUAGUUUUGUACGGAUCCGAACUUGUCAUUUAUGAUAAGCACAAACACUGCCUAAUGACAGACGGGGACUACGAACUCUCCUUACAGGACCUUGGGUCCAAGAUUUCCCCAAAGAAGACCACAGCUACUUGGGAAACAGUUGUAGACGGCAAGGCCAUCGGUCCAUUUGAGGUAUUCAGUAAGUGUCCAACUUUGAAGUUUACUUUGAGCUGGACUGAGCAGACCAGUAGUUGUCUAGGUGGGUCCAAUAGUCAGAAUGGAAAGGUGAACGAUCCGUCUUUGGACAACACAACUCCCUUGCAGGAAUUGCACACCUAUAACCACCAUCAUCAUCAUCCUAAUCAUGUGAUUCAUAAUGAAGACUCAGGGACAAAGCGAGUUUCACCUGUCAAAUCAAAGGAUACAAACAACCAGUUGGGUACCCCAAAAAAGAAAGUGCGAAUUUAUUACCAAUUUUAUUACAACAACAAUACCCGGCAACAGACAGAAGCUCGUGAUGACCUUCACUGUCCAUGGUGCUCUCUCAACUGCAUGCAGUUAUAUAGCCUACUGAAGCACCUCCGUCUUAGUCACGCAAGAUUCAAUUUCAUGUAUGUGCCUCAUCCUAAAGGUGCCAGGAUAGAUGUGUCCAUCAAUGAGCGAUACGAUGGUUCAUAUGUUGGCAACCCUCAGGAUCUCCAUUCUCAUAUUGGUUACGCAUUCAGUCGUGAACAAAAAUAUUUUCCUUCAUCUGUUCUUUAUCUUCUGAUAAUUUUUGCCAUAUGUUCUUCACUGUAUUUUUUAUUUCUCCUUUUUUUCCUGCCUGUUGUAAAUUUUUACUGUCUGUUCUUCUGCCGCCUCCUCAUAUUUUGCUGUCCUGCCUCCUCAUAUUUUGCUGUCUGUUCUUUGCCGCCUUCAUAUUUUUGCUGUCUGUUCUUCUGUCGCCUCCUCAUAUUUUGCUGUCUGUUCUUCUGCCGCCUCCUCAUAUUUUGCUGUCUGUUCUUCUGCCGCCUCCUCAUAUUUUGCUGUCUGUUCUUCUGCCGCCUCCUCAUAUUUUGCUGUCUGUUCUUCUGCCGCCUCCUCAUAUUUUGCUGUCUGUUCUUCUGCCGCCUCCUCAUAUUUUGCCGCCUGUUCUCCGCCUCCUCAUAUUUUUGUCUGUUCUUCUGCCGCCUCCUCAUAUAUUUUGCUGUCUGUUCUUCUGUCGCCUCCUCAUAUUUUGCUGUCUGUUCUUCUGCCGCCUCCUCAUAUUUUGCUGUCUGUUCUUCUGCCGCCUCCUCAUAUUUUGCUGUCUGUUCUUCUGCCGCCUCCCUCAUAUUUUGCUGUCUGUUCUUCUGCCGCCUCCUCAUAUUUUGCUGUCUGUUCUUCUGCCUCCUCCUCAUAUUUUGCUGUCUGUUCUUCUGCCGCCUCCUCAUAUUUUGCUGUCUGUUCUUCUGCCGCCUCCUCAUAUUUUUUGCUGUCUGUUCUUCUGCCGCCUCCUCAUAUUUUGCUGUCUGUUCUUCUGCCGCCUCCUCAUAUUUUGCUGUCUGUUCUUCUGCCUCCUCCUCAUUUUUGUUUUGUUCUCCGCCUCCUCCCUACCGCCUGUUUCCUCCUCCUCCCUAUUUUUUGCCGCCUGUUCUCCUCCUCUCCUAUUUUUUUUGCCGCCUGUUCUCCUCCUCCUCCUCUUUUUGCCGCCUCCUCUUCUCCUCCUCCUAUUUUGCCGCCCUCUUCUCCUCCCUAUUUUGCAUCUCCUCUUCUCCUCCUCUUUUUGCCGCCUCCUCUUCUCCUCCUCUUUUUGCCGCCUCCUCUUCUCCUCCUCUUUUACCCCGCCUCCUCUUCUCCCUUUUUGCCUCUCUUCUCCUCCUCUUUUUGCCGCCUCCUCUUCUCCUCCUCUUUUUGCCGCCUCCUCUUCUCCUCCUCUUUUUGCCGCCUCCUCUUCUCCUCCUCUUUUUGCCGCCUCCUCUUCUCCUCCUUUUUGCCUCCUCUUCCUCUUCUCCCUCUUUUCUCUCUUCUCCUCCUCUUUUGCCGCCUCCUCUUCUCCUCCUCUUUACCCGCCUCCUCUUCUCCUCCUCUUUUGCCGCCUCCUCUUCUCCUCCUCUUUUUUGCCCCUCCUCCUCUCUCCUCCUCUUUUGCCUCCUCUUUCUCCUCCCUUUUGCCGCCUCCUCUUCUCCUCCUCUUUUGCCGCCUCCUCUUCUCCUCCUCUUUUUGCCUCCUCCUUUACCAAAGCGCCCAGACCCAUCGUUAUCAGAAUUUAUGGAGCCAGAAACAGACAACCAAAUCAACCGACAGUUUAUCCAGGGACAUAAUCGGCUUUAUUAUCACACAGUCACUUGUCAGCCUAUAAGACCUCAGGAAAUUGAUAUUGACAGUGAGGAUGAAAAUGACCCUGAAUGGCUGAGACAGAAAACAAUUAAUAUGAUCGAUGAGUUUACAGAUGUUAAUGAAGGAGAAAAAGAACUAAUGAAGCUUUGGAACCUGCAUAUAAUGAAAAACAAUUAUUUUUUUCUUCUUAUUUUACUUGUUUUUCAUUUUGUUUCUCUCCUUGCCUUUCUCUCAUCCCCUCCAUCCUCCCUCACUUCCUCCUCCAUCCCUCCCCUCCUUCCUCCUCCAUCCUCCCCUCCUUCCUCCUCCAUCCCUCCCUUCUUCCUCCUCCAUCCCUCCCCUCACUUCCUCCUCCAUCCCUCCCCUCUUCCUCCUCCAUCCCUCCCCUCACUUCCUCCUCCGUGGGUUGCUUGCUCUUUCUGUGUCUGUCUCUCUUGUUUCUUCUGCUACAACCUUCACCUUACUCUCCUUUUCAAUACAUUAUUUUUGGAAUCUUUAAAUCUUGUCUCUAUCUCGCCGUCCCCGGCUCUCUAUCUCGCCGUCCCCGGCUCUCUAUCUCGCCGUCCCCGGCUCUCUAUCUCGCCGUCCCCGGCUCUCUACCUCGCCGUCCCCGGCUCUCUAUCUCGCCGUCCCCGGCUCUCUAUCUCGCCGUCCCCGGCUCUCUCCACAAAAAAUGUUUUUUUAGACAAUUUUAGUAAGAAUAAUCCAUGUAAGGGUUCAAAAUUUAUUAUUGGAUUUUUUUUUUUUUAUUUUUUUUAUUUUCACUUUUUUUCUUUUUUUUUUUCUUUUCUUUUCUUUUCUCUCUUUUUCUUUUCUUUUCUCUCUUUUUCUUUUCUUUUCUCUUUUUUUCUUUUUUUUUCUCUAUCUCUUUUUUUUUUCUCUUUUUUUUCUCUAUCUUUUUUUUUUCUUUUUUUUUUUUUUUCUAUCUCUUUUUUUUUUUUCUUUAUCUCUUUUUUUCUUUAUCUCUUUUUUUUCUUUAUCUCUUUUUUUUCUUUAUCUCUUUUUUUUCUUUAUCUCUUUUUUUUCUUUAUCUCUUUUUUUUCUUUAUCUCUUUUUUUUCUUUAUCUCUUUUUUCUUUAUCUUUUUUUUUUUAUCUCUUUUUUUUUUUAUCUCUUUUUUUUCUUUAUCUCUUUUUUUCUUGAACUUUUUUUUUCUUUGGCUCUUUUUUGUUUUUAUUUCUUUAUCUUUUUUUUCUUUAUCUCUUUUUUUUUUCUUUAUCUCUUUUUUUUCUUUAUCUUACUUUCUUUUUCCCUCUACCUCUUCACCUUUCUCUCUCUCUUCACCUUUCUCUCUCUCUUCACCUUUCUCUCUCUCUCUUCACCUUUCUCUCUCUCUUCACCUUUCUCUCUCUCUUCACCUUUCUCUCUCUCUUCACCUUUUCUCUCUCUCUUCACUUAA